AUGGCGCUGGAUGCAUCCAACGGUUAUGUUGCUCCCAGCAACUUUGCCGAAGCUCCGGAUGCCUCACUCUCCAUGUUUGAUGUCCGACGUGUUCAGCUGCAGUUCCCAUUAGCUGCGGAUUUCGUCGCCGCACAAGUUGCUAACAAUGUGCUCAUUCUUGCCUUGUCGACAAAUCGCAUCCUCCGUAUAGAUCUAGAUACUCCCGAAGACAUUGAUGAUAUUGACCUUCCCAAGAAGUCCUCGGAAAUCGGAGUGAUCCGUCGAAUGUUCCUUGACCCCUCCGCAUCCCAUUUGAUCAUUACUACGACCCUUGGCGAGAACUACUACCUUCAUACUCAGUCUAGACAACCCAAGUCGCUGUCGCGUUUAAAGAACGUUUCGAUCGAGAGCGUUGCCUGGAACCCUUCGCUACCAACAGCUUCAACAAGGGAGAUCCUGUUAGGUACUACAGAUGGUCAGAUUUGGGAGACCUACAUCGAGCCGUCCACGGAGUUCUAUCGGCGCGAGGAAAAAUACGCUCACUCAGUCUACAAAGUUUCGGAGGGAUCACCUGUGACCGGAGUCUGCGCAGAAUUGGUGCCUACAACGUCCGAGCAGAGACAAGUGCUGAUCGCGACACAUGGCAAGCUACUAUAUUUUCGGGGGCGGGCAGGGAGGCAAGGGAGUCAAGGUAUAUAUGCCGAGCUCUUUCAACGGGAGGCACCAGCGGUGCACGAGAUUCAGAAACCAUCUGGUGCCGCGCCGUCGACGCUGGUAAUCUCCGCAGUGUCUGAUGGGCAUAAUGCGGAUAGUCACGCCGAGAAAGAGUUCGCCUGGCUCAGUUCACAAGGCAUCUACCAUGGUCAGUUGCCAUGUGCUCCGGGAAAACCGAACCAGCCCUUUGAAAGCUCCAGGAUGCUUCCGCGUUCCAUGUUCCCGGCUACGGAGUCAGCUCGUGGAGGCAAGAAGCUAAUCCAAGAUCCUAUAGCCGCUAUGACACUGUCACAGUGGCACAUUCUAGCCCUUGUCGAAGGGAAAAUUGUUGCUGUCAACCGCAUGAGCGAUGAAAUCAUCUAUGAGCAAGCAGUACUCGAGCCUGGACAGAGUACGUUAGGACUUCUGACAGACUCUAUGCAGCACACAUAUUGGCUGUUUACCAGCCAGGAAAUCUUCGAAAUCGUUGCUGAGGACGAGGACCGGGAUGUGUGGAAAGUGUUCCUGCAGAAGCAGAUGUUUGACCAGGCACUUGAAUAUGCCCGUGGUAAUGCGCAGAAGGAUGCCGUGGCUACUGCUUCUGGCGACUUUCUAGCCAGCAAGGGCCGUUACCUAGAAGCGGCCAAGGUUUGGGGUAAAAGUAGCAAGGGCUUUGAGGAGGUCUGUCUGGCUCUGAUCAAUCGUAACGAGCAUGACGCUUUGCGAAAGUAUCUCCUUACCCAAUUAUCGACAUACAAGAAAUCAUCUACCAUGCAAAGGAUUAUGGUUGCGAGCUGGCUGGUAGAGGUUUUCAUGUCGAAAUUGAACGCUCUUGACGAUAACAUAGCCACCAAGGCUGAGUUGGCGGAGGGAGCCAGCACGGAGGACAUCAAAGAUGAGCUGAGCAAUGUUCGGGCAGAGUUCCAGGAGUUUGUGAACAAGUACAAGGCCGACUUGGACAAGAAGACUGCGUACGACAUUAUCAGUAGCCAUGGCCGAGAAGAGGAACUGCUCUUUUUUGCGACGGCGACUAGUGACUACAAUUACGUCCUGUCUUAUUGGAUACAACGUGAGAAGUGGUCAGAAGCACUCAAUGUCCUACAAAAACAAACGGAUCCCGACGUCUUCUACAAGUAUAGCAGCGUGCUGAUGACCCAUGCUGCGACCGGGUUAGUGGAUAUUCUGAUGCGGCAGACAAACUUGGAGCCCGAGAGACUUAUCCCUGCGCUUCUCAAUUAUAAUAAGACUGUGAACGUCCCUCUCAGCCAGAAUCAGGCCGUGCGAUACCUCAACUUUAUCGUUGUCAAUCACCCCAAGCCAUCGGCUGCAGUGCAUAACACACUAAUCUCGAUCCACGCCUCGAGCCCUUCAACUUCGGAAGCGGGUCUUCUCACUUACCUUCAAUCUCAGCCGUCUUCGCCCCCUCCUUACGAUGCCGACUUUGCGCUGCGGUUAUGCAUUCAACACGAACGCGUUCAAUCAUGCAUCCAUAUAUACAGCGCGAUGGGGCAGUAUCUUCAGGCAGUUGAGCUGGCUCUGCAGCAUGAAGAUAUUGAACUAGCCGCGAUCGUUGCUGAUAGACCGGAAGGAAAUGACAAGCUCCGCAAGAAACUGUGGUUGCUUGUAGCGGAGAAGAAGAUCCGGCAGCCCGGCACCGGAAUCAAAGAUGCCAUCGAGUUUCUGCGCCGAUGCGAGCUGUUGCACAUUGAGGAUCUGAUUCCAUUCUUCCCUGACUUUGUCGUUAUUGACGACUUUAAAGACGAGAUUUGCAGUGCUCUGGAGGACUACUCGCGGCACAUUGAUGCAUUGCGCCAGGAGAUGGACAAUUCGGCUCAGACUGCACGACAGAUCCGAUCAGAGAUUGCGGCAUUGGAUAUGCGGUAUGCCAUCGUGGAGCCUGGGGAGAAAUGCUGGACUUGCUCUUUACCACUGCUUAGCCGGCAGUUCUUCGUCUUUCCGUGCCAACACGCAUUCCACAGCGACUGUUUGGGCAAGGAAGUACUCGAAGGCGCAGGCGGGAAGAAGAAGUACAUUCGUGAUCUGCAAGCGCAGCUGAAUAAGGGGGACAUAUCAUCUUCUCGAAGGGAGGAGAUCGUGAAGGAAUUAGACGGGUUGGUUGCCGAGGCGUGUAUCCUCUGCGGUGACCAUGCGAUCAAACAAAUUGACAAGCCGUUCGUCACUGGUGCCGACGCCGAUGAAUGGGCUCUGUGA